UGCGUUGACCCUCAAUAAUGUAUAGAACCACAAUGGUUAAAAUUUGGCUUGUAUGUUUUUUGAUUUUAGGUUUUGCCUACCAGUCUUUGGCUACACUUGAGACGUUGCAAGAUGAAGUUACCUUGUUGAAAGGUGCAUUUCAGCGACAAAUAGACGAAUUAACCAAACAGGUUUAUGCUCUGCGCGAAGAGGUUGAUGGUUUGGAAAAAGAAAAUUUUAAAAAGGACCAAGAAAUUGCUGGCUUUCAGGCGAUGUUUGAUAACAUUUUCCAGGCUCAUAGUAAACCACAAAGCGAAAACAAAGCAACCAUAGACAAGAGAGUUUCAACUUCUCCGGUUGCCUUCUAUGCUUGUUUCAACCAGGAUGUUAAUUAUCUAGGACGAAAUCAAAACUUAGCAUUUGAUAGACUAAUCACAGACUCACACGGCCGCUACACCCGAUCGUCUGGAUCCUACAGUAUACCCGUCACUGGGUUUUAUGUUAUAACGUGGGUAACUCCUGUUGUUGGCAAUAUUCCUUUUGAACUGACAGUGAAUGGGAUGCAAAGAGGGCGUACCGACCCUUCCAAUACCGGUAAUGGCGCAAGUCAGAGCACAACUGGAGUAGCGGUCCUGUCAUUGUAUGAGAACGAUGUCGUCUCUAUCCGUACCAAUCCUGGCGCUAGUCCAUCUGGAGUUUUAGUAAACAACCAAUGGCAAGAUUCUUGUUUCUCGCUAUGGAAAAUUUAAAAUACAUUAUUGUUUUUUCUCAAUAAAGUAAGCAUUUGCAGAGAA